ACGACUGCGGUGCCAUCAUCGUCAACCACGUCCACCGUCGUCAGCAUCCACGGCGGCCAUGAUGCCAACGGUGAUGGCCACGUCACCAACGGUGGCUGUGAUGCCAUCGACGUCAACCGUGACGAUGGCAACCACGUCACCGUCAGCCAUGACACCGCCAACCACGUCGCCAACGGUGGCCAAGAUGCCACCAAUGACCACGUCACCGCCAACUAUGUCACCAACAGUGGCCAAGAUGCCACCAAUGACCGCAUCACCGCCAACCACGUCACCAACGGUGGCCGUGAUGCCAUCGACGUCAACCGUGACAAUGGCAACCACAUCACCGUCAGCCGUGACGCCGCCAACCGUGGCGCCAGCGACCACAGCGCUGCAACCACGCCACCGUCAGCCAUGACACCGCCAACCACGUCGCCAACAGUGGCCAAGAUGCCACCAAUGACCGCGUCACCCUCAACCACGUCACCCUCAACUGUGUCACCACCAACCACGUCGCCAACAGUGGCCAAGAUGCCACCAAUGACCGCAUCACCGCCAACUACGUCACCAACGGUGGCCAAGAUGCCACCAACCGCCACGUCACCGCCAACCAUGUCACCAGCAGUGGCCAAGAUGCCACAAACCGCGUCACCCUCAACCAUGUCACCACCAACUACGUCACCAACAAUGGCCAAGAUGCCACCCUCAACCACGUCACCCUCAACCACGUCCACUGCCAACUCAUCACCCUCUACCACGUCACCCUCAACCACGUCACCGCCAACCACGUCACCAACAAUGGCCAAGACGCCACCAAUGACCACGUCACCCUCAACCUCAUCACCCUCACCCUCGUCACCACCAACCACGUCACCAACGGUGGCCAAGACGCCCCCAACCACCCCCAUCGCCCCCAACCACGUCCCCCUCGACCACGCCACCGCCAUCCACGACCCCGCUGUCACCCUCCCCGCCCCCGACGCCGCCGUCACCUCCGCCUCCUUCCUCCACGGUGACACCGUCGGCCUCCCCCACCCAUGGGCGUUCCGAGGGCGGCCCUUUGGCCGUCCCACCCCAGGGGGGGUCCAUCGGGGCGGCCGCCAUGCGUGGGGCUCCCCGUCGCGACGCCGCACCCCCCCUCGCCCACCCGGCCCUCCAACGUCGCAGCGGGAACACCAUCACCGUGCGGGCCACGGCGAGGGCUGGGGCAACGACGGGGGGGCCGCUGCCGCCGCGGUUCCACCUCCCACUGCGCCCGUCCCCAACCCGGGGCCCCCCAAGAAAACGCUACCCCACGGCCCGAGGAGAUCCAGGUCAUCGGGGGCUACCUGGCUCUGCCCCGUUCCUGUCUGGCCCAAAAAUGACCCCCAUCGCAAGAAGCUGAAGAUCUGGUUUUCGGAGCGGGACCUGGAGCGCACCUUCUCCUACCCCUCGGAGGGGGCUUUGCUGGCAGCUUGGGGACCCCCCCCCAGAAGAACCCCCCCAGAACCCCCCCCCCGGGUACCCCCCGCGGCCCCCGAUGAGGAUGAGGAGGAGGAAGAGCCCCCCCCGGGGCGGGGGCUGCAGGGGGGGCUUCGGGCACGAGCUCUGCUAGUGGAUGAAUCCUGCCGCCGGUGACCCCAACCUAUGGGGGGGGAGGGGGGAGGGGAGGGGGCACAAAAAAGCAGAUCCCCCCCCCCCCCUCCCUGACCCCGCCACCCCUUCCCCCUGGGUGGGGGAUGACAACGUCGGACCCACAGAGCCCCCCUCCAUCCCAAUGGACACAACCAGGGACUGGGGGGGGAGGGGUUGGGGGAGGGGACAUUUUUACACUUCCCCCCCC